GUGAUGGGAUAGAUUUUCUUACAGCUCAUAUGAUGAUUAGGAGUUGUAGGAUCAAUUUUAUUAUGACCCCAAAUCUUUUGAAAUUUUCAAUUAUUUAAUUUUUGUUUCUUGGGAACGACAAAAACUGAGUCUGCUUCUCUUCUGCUCCGCAGUUAUUCACUUUCUUUACAUGGCCUGACAGAUCUUACAUCUGUUCUCAUUUUUAGUUCAUAAUCAGUUAAAAAUCAUAUUGAAGAGAAAGAAAAAAAGAAAAAAAUCUGGGUCUGUCUGCUCUCUGCAAAUUUCUCCGCCAUACAAGUAUCUCAAGCGACAGUAGCAUUCCGCCAUAAACCACCGUAGAGUCUUGGAAUAUUCCGGCAAUCCUUCCAUCGCCGGCGUCCUCUUUUUUCAGAGGAGUUGACAUGGAGAAAGAGCCACUUCUUCCUUAUAGUAGUCCAAGAAGACCCGAACCUCCACCGCCACCAUUACUCUGCCCACUACCGGAAGACGAUGAAAUUACCAUCCCGCCCUUGCUCCUCACCCCACCUGCCAAAGAACUCAAGGACAGGCUUAUUUUUGGUUCCCCUUCAGCUUCAGCUUCAUCUUCGUCAUCCCAACUGAAUGAUUCUAACUCUUCGAACCUUCUUGAGGCCUUAGCCUUAACCCUCAACUCACCAAGGCCUUCAGUACAAAAUCUUGAUAAUGAAAGAUUCAAUCUUGAUCAGCAGAAACCAAAUCUUGACCCAGAAAAUCAACAAUCUUGGUUGAUUGAUCCCAAUUAUCCAGCCUCCAAGACCAAUCUCCACAGGUCCAGGACCGCGCCUGCUAUGGCUGCUAUCAAUGAAAUUGACCAUUUUUCAGAAGCCAAGCCACCACAGUUUGGUAAACCAUCAAUUGUGAGGCAGGGUGUUAUUCUCUUGAUCAUAUAUUUGAGUCUUGGUGUGGUUAUUUACUCUUUUAAUAGGGAUAAUUUCAGGGCAACUGAGACACAUCCUGUAGUUGAUGCUUUAUACUUUUGCAUUGUGACUAUGUGCACAAUAGGAUAUGGUGAUAUAACUCCCAAUAGUACCGCAACUAAGUUGUUCUCUAUCACAUUUGUGCUUGUUGGGUUCGGUUUUGUUGAUAUCUUGUUAACUGGGAUGGUUAGCUAUAUGCUUGAUUUGCAAGAGAAUUAUCUCUUAAGGACUAUGAAGGGUAGAGGAGCUCAUGACCCUGGUUCGUAUAUAAUUGAUGUGAAGAAGGGGAGGAUGAGGAUUCGUAUGAAGGUUGCAUUGGCUUUGGGUGUUGUGGUUCUUUGUAUUGGGAUUGGGGUAGCCGUUAUGCAUUUUGUUGAGAGGCUGGAUUGGUUGGACUCAUUCUAUUUGUCGGUUAUGUCUGUUACCACUGUUGGAUAUGGUGACAGGGCAUUUAAUUCUUUAGCCGGUCGGAUAUUUGCAUCAAUUUGGUUGCUCGUGUCGACGCUUGCUGUUGCAAGAGCCUUUCUUUACUUGGCAGAGGCAAGAGUGGACAGGCGGCAUAGGAGGAUGGCAAAAUGGGUGCUUGGCCAAGAUAUGACAGUUGCACAGUUUCUUGCUGCUGACAUUGAUAACAAUGGAUUUGUGACUAAAUCAGAGUAUGUGAUAUACAAGCUUAAGGAGAUGGGAAAGGUCUCAGAGAAAGACAUCUUGCAGAUAUGUAAACAGUUUGAACGGCUUGACACCGGCAAUUGCGGGAAGAUCACUCUUGCCGAUCUUAUGGAAAGUCAUCACUGAUUCAAGAGGAUGAUCGAAUUCAUCCCUGGAACUCUUAAAAACAACAUCAUCAUCACAUCAAUGCAUGCUCCUAACUAACCACCCUUCAUCGCCAUAAAAGUUGUAUAAGAUGUAUUCCGGGAACAAAAGGAAAAGGCAGUUGGAUGCUCGAGUUACAUGCAGAUGCACUCAGAAGGAGACAACGAUCACUCUCCGUUUGUUUUGGUGUUUGAUGGGGUCUCAAACCAGGGAGGAGUUCAUCCGCAAAGUGUUUUGCUCUAGACACCUGAUGAAUGCGGUUGGUCGGACAAAUUAUCUAGCUAGGAACUCCAUGGACACAGAGAUGUGGUUGUUCAAGAGAGCUUCAUUGACUUGUAUGUAG